UGAUCUGGUUCUCCCAAAAUCACAGAUUUACUGAAAAAUGGAACUAUUUCUUCUUACAAAAUAUCUUUAGCACGGCACAACAAGGCCAAAAAGCUGGAUGUUUUGUAGCCCAGCUAAUUGACCUGUAGACGCGCGUGGACCCAUCAACAGGACGGGAUUUGACUUCCCUCCUUCCACAAAAGGAGCCUGGUGCUUCAACGGACGCCUGAGUCGCCUGACGCUACCGCGAGCGAGAGAGAGAGAUGCAGUCGUUGCAGCAGAAGGCGUCCGAAUGGAGUGGCGUCCACCCGAGCGACGCAUUCGCCAUCGACGAGACCAACCUGUUCGAGGCGCUCGGAGGCAUCCAACCUUUCAUUGACCUCUCCACCAACUUCUAUAAUAGGGUUUAUGAGGAUGAUGAGGAGUGGUUCCAUUCCAUAUUUGCUAAUUCUGUGAAAGAAGAUGCUAUCCGUAACCAGUAUGAGUUUUUUGUUCAGAGAAUGGGAGGCCCUCCACUAUAUUCCGAAAGAAAAGGUCAUCCAGCUCUAAUUGGCCGUCACCGGCCAUUUCCGGUGACACAUGCAGCUGCAGAAAGGUGGCUCCACCACAUGCAACUAGCAUUAGACAGCGUUGCUCAAAUAGAUCCAGAUUCUAAAGUGAAAAUGAUGAACUUUUUCAGGCAUACGGCCUUCUUUCUUGUGGCUGGGGAUGAACUGAAAAACCAAAGGCAAGGAGUCGCUUGUAAACAUGCUGCAAGUAAGCCAUCUUCUGGUUAAAGAAUGUGAUCUUUCAGUAACAUUUACCUUUACAGGAAAAACAUUUUAGCAAGAUAUGCAACUACCAAUCAGUGUAGUGCAUUUUACUUUAUUAUUGCUCUUUUGAGUAUACAAGUUAACUGAAGAGCUUGUAAACACAAUUUGUCAAAUGCAAUAACAUUACACACCCA